AAAUCGGAUUCUCAGGCCCAAAACUAGCCUACUGCGAAACAAAGACCUUGGACUUAUAUGGGCUGCCAAUCAGGCAGUGACCCAAAGGCCCAACUGCUGGAGGGGGCAAAAAACUGGGGGUGGGGGAGAAACCUACGAAACAAAAGCGUCAGAAACAUCUUCAAACAGUGGAAGUAGGGAAGAGGGUGACCAAAAAAAAAAAAAAAAAAGACCCCAAAGCGAAGGAAGAACAGGGCUGAACAGGCGGUGUAACACAACUCUUGGUCGCAGACUCUAAACGCUCGCCCUCCAAAUCCUCUCCCUUAUAGCCCAAGCCACCAAGAAAAGCUCCCUUCCUUUCCCCUGUUUGUCGCCCGCUUCCCUCGCCCUUUCUCUAGCUUCCUCUUCAUUUUUGUUUGCUUUUUUUUUCUUCUUCUCCUCGUCCCUCUUUCCAAUUUGUUUCCCAUGGAGAAGAAUUGAAGCAUUCAUUCUUCAGGAAAAAAUAAAAUCCGAUUUCGGAUAAGGUUUGUGAUUGUUUAUUUUGUGUUCGGGUUUUCUCUCCCUGUUUCCGUUUCUGUUUGCUUGUGCAUGAAUUGGUCGAGGAUUAAAAUAGCAAUGCAAUUUGAGUUUUUUGAUAAUUUGAGCUAGAAAUUUUGCUUUCCGGGAAAAAUUGGACUUGAAUAUGGUUAAGGCUGCUCCGUGUGAUUUGGUUCCGUUGUUGCAUAUCGUUUCAUGUAGCUGAGAUUUUAAAGUUCGCAACUUUGAGAAUGAAUCGUUUGAUGUAAGGUUAGGACUGUUGGGGGGCAGUGGCUGGACAAUGGAGUUGUAAUGGUAGAAUUGGUUGCAUUUGUUUUCUCUGGUGGGCUAGAAAGGGGACUGAUUUUCUUUGAAAGAACAAAUGCCGGAACCCUUAGGGAGAUGUUCAGGAGUACUGGUUUUGGAAUAAUUGAUGGAAGUUUGAGAUUCAAGCAUUUGGGAAGGUGGUACUUUUUGGAGUGUGAACAAUCUGGUUUCCUUGGCCGGGAAGAGAGAGCCUGGAAUACCACUAGGAUAUAGGAGCGCAGCUCGAUUAGAUUUUUUGGUUCAUGAGGAACCAGCUCUGAUCUGUUCUGCAAGCUUGAUUGAUAAUUUUUUUUACAAAUACCAGCAGUAUGUGGAGUUAAGAAAUCAGUUUUUUUGGAUGACAAGUUUGUAGUUUACCAUUUUAGGAGCCUGAAAAACUUGCCUGUGUGAUACAUGAUAAAGUGAUGCUGUAUUUGCUGUCCAGUUUCUUCUCUCAUCCCUCUGUGUGUUGUUUUCAUUGUGCUUUUUAUACAGGGUGGUAAAAUAUAGGGGGCGGGGAGCUGCAAUGUAUGCAAGGAUAAUCAAGAGUAGUAAUCAGAAAUGGGGUUCAGUCUUCAUGCCAUCUAUACACUUAAUUAAGCCAAACACCAUGGAUCAGGCCUGUGCUCGAUCUUUAGUCCAUACAUCCGCAGUGCGAGUAUGCAAUUCCGGAAGAAUUUCAUCAAGGAAAUACCAAUUUAAUUAUUUUGUAUCGUGUGGCAGUAGUAGUUAUAUCAGUAGAAGGCUCAGUUCAUAUCCUAAAAGGUUGCAGUUUCGUGCGUAUAGUUCAGAGGGUGAUGGACGUAACACAAGUGAGGAUAAGCAUGCGUCUCUAAAUGGCACACCUAACUUUAAUGAUGGAAAGAUACAGCAUGGGAAAGUUGGAGGAGAUCCCAGAUCUUAUGAUACACAUGCUUGUCUAGGGGAACAAGAUCAAAAGGAUUGGCUUAGUAAUGAGAAGCUGGCUGUAGAAGCCAAAAAGAAGGAAUCGCCUUUUUUAACCAGGCGUGAGAGGUUUAAAAAUGAGUUUUUGCGGAGGGUUGUUCCUUGGGAGAAGAUCCAUGUUUCAUGGGACACCUUUCCAUAUUACAUCAAUGAAAAUACCAGAAACGUUUUGUUAGAAUGUGUCACAUCCCACCUAAAGCAUAAGAAUUUUGCUGCGUCUUAUGGAUCACGUUUGAUGUCUUCAAGUGGCAGAAUAUUGCUCCAGAGCACUCCAGGCACAGAGCUUUAUCGGGAAAGAAUAGUGAGAGCACUUGCACGAAAGUUACAAGUUCCUCUGCUAGUUCUCGAUAGCAGUGUUCUUGCUCCUUACGAUCUUGAUGACUGCUCAUCAGAGUUAGAGGAUGAUGCAGCAGAAUCAGGGGAGGAGUCAGAGUCUGAGGUUGAUGAAGAGAAUGAAGCAGCCAAUGAAGAGGAGUGGACAAGUAGUGCUGAAGGUAAAUCAGAAGCUAGUGAUGAUGAAGCAGUUGAUGUGCCGGCAACUGCUGAGGCAGCCCUCAGGAAGCUCAUCCCUUACGAUUUAGAAGAAUUUGAAAAGCGUCUCUCUGAAGAAUCAGAAGCCUCCCCGGAGGUCUCAAAGGCUGACACUGCUGAGGCUGCUGACAACUCCAAAAGGCCUCCCAAAAAAGGUGAUCGGGUGAAAUUCAUUGGCAAUUCAAAUUCCGUUGAAGCGGAUAACAGGCCCCUAUCCAAUGGUCAACGUGGUGAAGUUUACGAGGUCAGUGGCAAUCAAGUUGCUGUUGUUUGGGAUAUGGGUAAUGAUAGCCAAGCAAAGGAAGGAGAGAUACACGAAGAGCAUGAAGAGCCGUCUGGAAAGGCACCAAUCUAUUGGAUAAAUGGUAAUUUUGUACAUCUUUUAAAGGAUUAUGUUUAAUUUGAAACCAAAAUCUAUCAAUCUUGGAUCUGCAUCUUCAAUGAAACAAAUGCUAGCAGGCAUUUUGGUUUGACUGAUUUUGAUUUUCGUUUAAUAUUCAUUAGAUUUUAUUACUAGCGGACAUUAUAUCUAAUUUGAAAAAAAAAAAACUGUGUUUAAUAGGUGUUUCUGUGUCAGAUUAUUUAUGUUCCACAUAUAUGAUAUAAUUUAAGAGGCAUUAACUGUCAGGACCUAUGAUGUCCAGUUAGUAUUACUUAGAAUGCCACGCUGUUGGAAUUUAUUUGCACAGUAUCAUCAGUUUGAUCUGAAAUCUGAUUUUUCAUAUCUGCUAUCUUGCAUAACUUUAUAUGAAACAAAGGUUAUGUCUUCGGUGCACUCACAUUUUUGGGUGCAUUCAAUGCACUCGCUUCAUAUUUGUUAUUAUGAGCAUGCGAUUCAUGUCAAAACAAUGUUAAUCAUCACGUAUGAUACGAUGAAAAAGAAACCCCAUGAAUUAGCACAAAAAUUAUUCAAAAUUUACAUUAAUCUGAAGAAAUUAUGAUUUAUAGAUUUAGGAUUAGGGUUAGGGUUCAUGAUUUGGGGUUUAGGGCAAAAGUUCAAAAUUGAAGGUUUAGGGCUUAGGGUAAUGCAUUGAUUAGUUGUGAUCGUAUAUUAUAUUAUCAUAUUACACUAAUCUUACAAAUUAAAAUAAAAAAUUGAUGUCUUAAGGCUACUUUUAGAGUUGGGUGCAUUGAAUGCACUCAUUUUUGUGAGUGCACCAAAGUAGCCACCAUGAAACAAAUAUCAAAAUUUACUGAGACUUCCUCAUGUGUAGUUAAGGAGAUUGAGCAUGACCCUGAUGCGGAGGCCGAAGACUGUUAUCUUGCACUGGAGGCAUUAUAUGAGGUAUACGAAGGACAUCAUUAUCGGGACCAGAUGAAAUAUUGUUUCCUGUUUAUGGUUUAGAAACCACUACUCAUUAAUCUUGUUGUGAAUUGACAUUUGCUCUUGACCUCUUUCCAGAUCUUGCAGAGCAUGCAGCCUCUUAUAGUAUAUUUCCCAGACUUUUCCCUGUGGUUGUCUAGGGCAGUACCUAAGGACAACCGCAAGGAGUUUGUCCAUAAGAUGCAGGAAAAGUUUGACCAGCUUUCGGGUCCUGUGGUCAUGAUAAGUGGUCAGAACAAAGUUGAAAAUGGCUCCAAGGAGAAAGAGAAAUUUGUAAGAUUUAGUGCUUUAUUGGAAUCUAGACGAACAUUGAUCCAUUGUUGUGGAAGCAACACUUUCUCCGUUAAUGGAUAUUGUUAGCUUACACUUUUUUCUUACAUUUUUUUGUUUGCCUUUGAAUUUGACGGCAGACAAUGAUCCUCCCAAAUUUUGGUCGAUUGGCUAAGCUGGUAAGCCCAUGCUCCUGGUGUCAACUGUUCUAGUCUGAUUUUUGUGUGUCUCUGUUGGAGGCAGUUUCAUUGUUGCUUUUGCUUUCAGCCUCUUCCUUUGAAGCAACUUACUGAAGGUCUGAGAGGAACUAAGAGAUCCAGUUACAAUGAAAUCAACAAGCUGUUUACUAAUGUUUUACGUAUUGACCCCCCCAAGGUAAAUUAUAACUGCCUGAUUUGUGAAAGCUAUUCUGAGAUGGCAAUUUGUAUGGUAUGCAGUUGUAUCAUGAUAUGUUUGUUGUCUCUACUGUUCCUGAGUUUUCUUAUUCUUCUCAUCACACUGAACUGAAGUUUGUAGGACCUUUUGGUGUUAUAUGCAAAGAUAAACUACUUUUUUUUUUUGUUCUGGUUGUUUCAGUAAGCUUAAUUUAUGGCAUAGUUGUCUGAAUAAGCUGAUAGUUCUUUUUAAUUACAAGAUCGUAUCAAGUGACAUCUUUGAGAUCCCACCUUGUCAUUUAGCAUAAAGCUCCAAUCAACACCUUGUACUAUAGAAUCAAUAGAAGAUGGACAUUAAGAAGUAAUGUAGGAGUGUUUAGUGGCAUGUUCUGUUAAUGAAAAAACAUAGGCAAU